GGGGGACAAGGGAGGGGUUUCAGAAGACACUGAUCUGUGGACAGCAAUGAGCGCCCGGGCCACACGGCCCCGAAGCCGGCGAGGGAGACAUGCUCCACCUGUUGAGCUGGACCCUGUGGCUGAGAGUUCAGAGGAGGCCGAGGCAGCCAGCGGAAGCUCUGAGCUGGGCCCUGUGCCAUCUCAGGAAAGCUGCAAACCUGAGCUGCUGGGCCCUGAGGCAGAGGAGAGGGGGCAAGGCCCGAGGAGCAGAACUGACAAAGAGGCUGAUGGGGACUCUAGCAGGGGGCUGGCCCCAGCCCUCGAUGGGCCCCAGGAGCCUGCAGAAGAAGCCCACCAUGCCCCAGAGGCUGAGGAGGCUGUCCUCGCUGCACCUGGGGCCCCCGACGUGUUUCAGACUCUCCAGCAUGCUCUGAGCUCACUGGAGGCUGCAGCUGCCGCCUGGCGCUGCCAGCCCCUCAGCUGUCCUGGGCCAGUGGAGAUGGAGGGCAGAAUCCAGGGGGAACCAAGGCCCUGCCUGGAGCUGGAGGGGGCAGGGGGCUGCCAGCGGGAGGUGGCCCACCUGGCAGAAAGGAACGCCUGGCUACGUUUGGCCCUGGGCAGCCGUGAGGACGAGCUAAUCCACAUGCAGGCCUCCCUGGAGGCCCUCCAGGGAGAGAAGGAGACGCUGCAGAGAGAGGUCCAGGAGCUGCAGGAUUCCCUGCUGAGGCUGGAGCCCUUGCCACCUCCCUCUCAAAGCCAAGUGGAUGGCUUGGGCAGCAGUUCCAGCAGCUCUGGGACUGUCAGGGAACCCUGGACCACUCCGGAUCCCUUCUCCCUGUCUCACCCCCUGCUCCGGCGCCUCCAGAGUGAUUCCAGUGCCCAGAUCCUUGGGCCUCUCCCCAACCGGCCCCUUGCCCCUGAGAUGCACAUUGUGGAAGCUCAGAUGGAGCAGCUCCGGGGAAACAUCGAGAAGCUCAAAUGCUUUAACCGUCUGCUGUCUGCUGUGCUCCAGGGAUACAAGGGCCAGUGUGAGGGCCUCAGCAUGCAGCUAGGCCAGUGGGAGGCUGAGGCCACAGCACUACGUCUGGCCUUGCAAUAUAGUGAGCACUGUGAGGAAGUGUACAGAGUCCUGCUCACGCUCCGGGAGGCAGACUCAGGAGCAGAAGUCCCCAGGAGUGAUGUGGAGGCAGCUGAGAAGGAGGCUCAGAGGCUGCUAGCUCAAGAGGAGGCUGUCAUGGAUGGAGAAACACUGUGGGAUCCCCAGCCAAGCCCUGAGGGCAGCAGUGUGGAUAGGCCCACCCUACAGGAGGUGGCUCUCCAGCUCCGGGGCUAUGUGCAGCGUCUCCAGGAGCGCCGUGCUCUGGUGAAGAUUCUCCCAGAGCCUGGCCCCACCUUGGCACCCAUGCCCACUCUGCCCCAUGCAGAAGCCCUGGUGCAGGCCAUUCUGGAGACUCAACCUGGCCCAGCCCUGCCCCGGCUGGAGAAGAGGCGGAUCCAGCAGGACCUGGAGGCCACACGGGAGACCCUGGAGGACCUGAUGCUGAGGCUACAGCUGGUGCGGCGGGAGAAGCGGGGUCUGGAGCUGCAGGAGGCAGCCCUCCGAGCCCAGGGCCCGGUCCACAUGCUCCUGCUGGAGCAGCUGCAGUGGGAACGGGCGCAGCUUCAGACGCGCGGGGCCAACAGCAGCGGUGGUGGCAGCAGUGGCGGGAGCAGUGGCGAUGAGGAGGCCUGGUCCCAGGGCCCUGCUAUCCCUGGAGGCAGCAGGGGCAUUGAUGGAGGCCAGGUGGGGCAGGUGCAGGACCCGGAGGAGCUAGCUCAGGAACUGUCAGCAUCACUGGCCCG